AUGCGGCUAGGCGUUGUGCUGGCCGGAAACUCACAAGCAAUUCCAAAAGAGCUACAGCGUGAUUCUGGAAAGCCUAAGUCUGAUCCAAAGUCUCCUGUGAAGGCUAGUGGAUUUGAAGACCCACAAUCAGAUGACCAAGAAGAUGAUGACGACUCUGAGCAGAGCCCAGCAUUGUCUGACAAGGAACAAAGUCAACCGAAGAAGGGAUCGAAGCCAUCGCCGAAGGCAGACAAAGAUAGCGCUACUCCAGAUGCUGCAGAAAGACCUCAGCAGGGUCCUAAGAAGCUAAAUAAUGAUUCAGGAAAGCCCAAGGCAGAUCCAAAGUCUCCUGUGAAGCCUAGUGGAUCUGAAGACCCGCAAUCAGAUGACCAGGAAGAUGAUGACGACUCUGAGCAGAGCCCAGCAUUGUCUGACAAGGAACAAAGUCAACCGAAGAAGGGAUCGAAGCCAUCGCCGAAUGCAGACAAAGAUAGCGCUACUCCAGAUGCUGCAGAAGGACCUCAGCAGAGUCCUAAGAAGCUAAAUAAUGAUUUAGGAAAGCCCAAGGCAGAUCCAAAAUCUCCUGUGAAGCCUAGUGGAUCUGAAGACCCGCAAUCAGAUGACCAAGAAGAUGAUGACGACUCUGAGCAGACCCCAGCAUUGUCUGACAAGGAACAAAGUCAACCGAAGAAGGGAUCGAAGCCAUCGCAGAAGGCAGACAAAGAUAGCGCUACUCCAGAUGCUGCAGAAGGACCUCAGCAGGGUCCUAAGAAGCUAAAUAAUGAUUCAGGAAAGCCCAAGGCAGAUCCAAAGUCUCCUGUGAAGGCUAGUGCACCUGAAGACCUGCAAUCAGAUGACCAAGAAGAUGAUGACGACUCUGAGCAGAGCCCAGCAUUGUCUGACAAGGAACAAAGUCAACCGAAGAAGGGAUCGAAGCCAUCGCCGAAGGCAGACAAAGAUAGCGCUACUCCAGAUGCUGCAGAAGGACCUCAGCAGAGUCCUAAGAAGCUAAAUAAUGAUUCAGGAAAGCCCAAGGCAGAUCCAAAGUCUCCUGUGAAGCCUAGUGGAUCUGAAGACCCGCAAUCAGAUGACCAGGAAGAUGAUGACGACUCUGAGCAGAGCCCAGCAUUGUCUGACAAGGAACAAAGUCAACCGAAGAAGGGAUCGAAGCCAUCGCCGAAAGCAGACAAAGAUAGCGCUACUCCAGAUGCUGCAGAAGGACCUCAGCAGAGUCCUAAGAAGCUAAAUAAUGAUUCAGGAAAGCCCAAGGCAGAUCCAAAGUCUCCUGUGAAGGCUAGUGCAUCUGAAGACCCGCAAUCAGAUGACCAGGAAGAUGAUGACGACUCUGAGCAGAGCCCAGCAUUGUCUGACAAGGAUCAAAAUCAACCGAAGAAGGGAUCGAAGCCAUCGCCGAAGGCAGACAAAGAUAGCGCUACUCCAGAUGCUGCAGAAGGACCUCAGCAGAGUCCUAAGAAGCUAAAUAAUGAUUCAGGAAAGCCCAAGGCAGAUCCAAAGUCUCCUGUGAAGGCUAGUGCAUCUGAAGACCCGCAAUCAGAUGACCAGGAAGAUGAUGACGACUCUGAGCAGAGCCCAGCAUUGUCUGACAAGGAACAAAGUCAACCGAAGAAGGGAUCGAAGCCAUCGCCGAAAGCAGACAAAGAUAGCGCUACUCCAGAUGCUGCAGAAGAACCUCAGCAGGGUCCUAAAAAGCUAAAUAAUGAUUCAGGAAAGCCCAAGGCAGAUCCAAAGUCUCCUGUGAAGGCUAGUGCAUCUGAAGACCCGCAAUCAGAUGACCAGGAAGAUGAUGACGACUCUGAGCAGACCCCAGCAUUGUCUGACAAGGAACAAAGUCAACCGAAGAAGGGAUCGAAGCCAUCGCCGAAAGCAGACAAAGAUAGCGCUACUCCAGAUGCUGCAGAAGAACCUCAGCAGAGUCCUAAAAAGCUAAAUAAUGAUUCAGGAAAGCCCAAGGCAGAUCCAAAGUCUCCUGUGAAGGCUAGUGCAUCUGAAGACCCGCAAUCAGAUGACCAGGAAGAUGAUGACGACUCUGAGCAGACCCCAGCAUUGUCUGACAAGGAACAAAGUCAACCGAAGAAGGGAUCGAAGCCAUCGCCGAAGGCAGACAAAGAUAGCGCUACUCCAGAUGCUGCAGAAGGACCUCAGCAGAGUCCUAAGAAACUAAAUAAUGAUUCAGGAAAGCCCAAGGCAGAUCCAAAAUCUCCUGUGAAGCCUAGUGGAUCUGAAGACCCGCAAUCAGAUGACCAGGAAGAUGAUGACGACUCUGAGCAGACCCCAGCAUUGUCUGACAAGGAACAAAGUCAACCGAAGAAGGGAUCGAAGCCAUCGCAGAAGGCAGACAAAGAUAGCGCUACUCCAGAUGCUGCAGAAGGACCUCAGCAGGGUCCUAAGAAGCUAAAUAAUGAUUCAGGAAAGCCCAAGGCAGAUCCAAAGUCUCCUGUGAAGGCUAGUGCACCUGAAGACCUGCAAUCAGAUGACCAAGAAGAUGAUGACGACUCUGAGCAGACCCCAGCAUUGUCUGACAAGGAACGAAGUCAACCGAAGAAGGGAUCGAAGCCAUCACCGAAGGCAAACAACGAUGGAGAACCUUCUGAAAUCCAGCAGGCCCCGAAAGAAGUAGGAAAGCCCAAGAUGGAUUCAGUGCAUAAAGAUGCACCUAAAAUUGGAUCACGUACUGAUAUAUUUGAUGAGGAUGCGUACAUAAAGAAUGAUAAUGCUAAAUUAUCGAAGCAGAAACCAUAUCCAGCCAAACAAAAUAUUCCUCAUAAACCCGCCGUUAAGAAAGAUCCUGUGGUGGCUUUGUUAACUGGGGCUUUACCGAUUCCGCCGUUUGAAGAAGAGUUACCAUCUUCUAGCAAUGCGAAGCCAAGUGAUUCAAACGAUGGUUUGGGUGCAAUCAGUAGAGUAUUACCGGUAAUGCACGGGUCUAUCAGACCCGAUCCAUCUCCUGCAGACAGUAACAAGCCGAAACAAUCCUCUCUUAACAAUGACCUGUAUGAUGAGGUAGAUGCCGACGAAGAACCUGACACGGUAGAUGUAGAAAAAAUGAACGACAAGAAUAAGGACGAAUCAACGGAUUCCGCUCAACCCAAUUCUGAUUCGGGAAAUUUCUUUGAAAUCAUACUGAAGCUCCCAGUUGAUGUCCUGCUCCGUUCAUCGAGCCCCCAACUAGAGAUGCACGCUGAUGCAAAGUCAAGCUGUCAGUCUGAGGAUUUAUCGCCGAAAAAAGAAUCAAGGGUGCAUGAUAUUGUGCUGAACAUGCUCAGAAGUGCCAUUAUGCAAAGGAAUCAUCAAGUGGGGACCGUAAAGGACGCCCCGUUGGGCAAAGCGUUUAAUUACGAUGAAUUGAUGCCACCGAAGAAGGAUUCAAAGUUCACGCAGCGAGUGCCGGCGGAUAGCUUAACGACGAACUAUUCAGUGGCCAUCCGAGACUCAUUAUUGGGAGAAAUUUACUUCGAGCCAAGCGAAACACUCAUCGAUGUGCGGAUGCAGAAUACGACUCUUUGCGAGUUUCCACCGUCGCUGCUUGUACUGUUUAAUCUGCAUAGAUUAGAUUUACGUAGCUCACUGCUACGCCAACUCAAUCUAGGGCAGAUGAAACGUCUAUAUGCGAUCGAAGAGUUGAACGUAGCUUCCAACAGAAUAACGACGGUGACGAUCAACGAUGAAUGUUGUUCCCGACUGAAAUGGCUAAACCUGGAGCAUAAUUGGUUGGUUCGAUUCGAUUUCGGGUUAGUGUUUCAUCUGCCCGAGCUGACUGGCCUGUUCAUAGGAUACAAUAGGCUAGAGACACUAAUUAUGACGCUCGAUCAGGUGUACGCUAGUAAGCAUAAUUUUUGUUCGUGGAAACGAUUUUAUCAGAACUCUGAGCAGCCCCGUCCUACCUGUAAGGAUUACUUCGCCAGGCUUAACCACAUCUCACUGACGAAGAACAAACUGGAGCAGCUGAACAUGUCCACUUUCGAGAGUAUGAACGUGUUACAGGAUUUGGAUGUAGCUCUCAAUCCGAUCCGUGAAGUCAUCGUAGAUGAGUUGAGGAUGCCGUUUUCACUGAACGUCAGUACGAUGACAGGCAGUCCUGGAUAUUUCCACGCACUAUGGCCCAGUGUGGUGAAAAUUAAGAAUUAG